CACCACCACCACAACCAACCCAGAGAUCGCCCGCCCGCCCAAAAAAAAAAUAAGCCCUGUGGUCGCCGCCCCUUUUCUUCGGCCAGACAAUCUGCAUUCCCUAAACCACCCCCGGGAUUUGUCGCUCGAACCACCAACACCCCCUCAACGACAUUCCAACCAUCACAGCGCGGGAUCGCGUUCGAACGUGAUUGCGUCCAAAGUGGACUCGACUUUUCAACAACCACUUGUUUACUUGUAACCAAACAAACCUGCCGCGCCGUCGACGGCCAAUCUACGCCCCACGGUUACAUGAAAAUUUCUGGACAUAGGGGUGAUGUCCUCAAGCUAGACGCGUGGGACAUGCCCUAGUCUUCUCUGCCGCUGACCUCCCACCCCAGGGACCAGGAUGCUCAUGACACAGACGGUUGUGUCGGCUCUUGGUCAGGCUCAGAACUCUACUUCCUUAAUCGCCCCGAAUCGUCACGAUCCAACAACCGCCGCAGGCUCCACCGUACGGGACGACCGCUACCUUGCCGCAUUCCCGUCGACCUCGUCUACGCUGAUGAAUGGGAUUGUGGGCACGGCACCGCCCGGUGCUAUGUACGUACGCGCUCUUUACGACUACGAAGCCGAUGACAGGACCAGUCUCAGCUUUCACGAGGGCGAUGUCAUUCAGGUUAUCACGCAGCUCGAGAGCGGCUGGUGGGAUGGCGUUAUCAACGGCGUUCGCGGCUGGUUCCCCAGCAAUUAUUGUGAAAUCAUAAACGAUGUGCCCGAACCCGAGCCGAAUGGAUUCAUCGACUCGGUCGAGGAGGACCCAGAGGAGGAUGACUACGAGAAUGGAUUCGACGACGAAGAGGAGGAUGAUGAUGACCAGGACCUGGCCGGCGGUCUGCCGAUGGAACAGCCGGAUUCCCACAGCAGAUCUGGCGCAGAUUUCUGGAUACCGCAAGCGACUCCCGAUGGUCGAUUAUUUUACUACAACACCAUGACCGGUGAGACUAGUGUGGAAUUGCCCUUGGAAUCGCCCACAUCGAUGAACGAAUCUGGACCCCGCGAUCGGAUGAAUGUAAACCUUCCAGACAGGACAAGGCCCCCUCCGGAGAUGAUGGCUAGGGGUCUUACACAAGACGAAGACGAGGAUUCGGACGCGAACUCCGCUUCCGAGUUGGACGGCGAGUCUAUCAUGAUGGCAUCGCAAACUCUGGGGUCAAAUAACCGCGCGCCUCAUCCGAAGGACACCCUGUCUCCGUCCGUUUCGAUGGACUCUAUGAACGGACAACACUCGAUUACUCGCACUCGCGGCGACACAUUUGGUGCCACCCAGGCCAUUAACCAGACACCAAUGAUCGCAUCUGCUACCUCUUUCACCACCUUCAAUCUCCCCAGCGCCGCCACCAUACCCCGCUCUUUCUUCGACGAUGGUAGCACACCUCCCCUUACUUGGAGCCGCUUAGUGAACAACAUGAAGCGGUCCAUAGAACGAUACCGCGAAGCAAUCCAAAGUGGCAGCCGAUCCGAGUAUGUCGCACGAGCAGAGGAUAUAUCGGACCAUCUCAGGCUACUACUGGCUGCAGGUUCUGGAACAACAGACAACCACUCGGGUCAGCCCUCUAUUAUAUCAACCAACAAAGCCCUGUAUCCUCACUUUCGCGACAUGAUGUCCAAGUUCUCAAAACUUGUCAUAUCAUCGCACAUAGCCGCCGCAGACUGGCCUAACCAGGAGUCUGUACAGAAAUGCUUGUCAGAAGCCGAUGGGGUCCUGCUCGGUGUGUUCAGCUAUGUUGAAGUCGCUAGGCAGCAAAGAGGCGAGGAAAUCCCUCGACUCUUUCCUGGCUUCGUUAUCGGAAGUACUACUGGUGGCAGCUGGCAGAAUAACGGUCUCGCUGGUCGCGAUCCCAUAACGUCCAACUUCCUAGAAGAUGAGGAGGGUGUCGUCGAGCCCACAGCUGUUCUCGACGGCAAGCUGCUUGAGAGGUUAGACGAGCUCAAGAGAUUACUUGUCUCCAGUAUCAGGGAGCUCGACAAGAGCCUAGUCCUGCCUGAUAAAGUCAUUUCGCCUUACCGUCAUGAGGUUAUUGGUAACAAUGUCUGCUUGGCGGGAAGCAGAGUUCUGGACACCUUCAAACCCUGGAUCGCCAUGAUCGAAUCCAUCGACCUGUCAUCCCUUGGAAACACAUUUCAAACUCCACAGCUCGCCGACUUCAGCGUAAACAAGCAGAGCCUUUACGAUAACAUUUCAGACCUUAUCCUUGGAUGUCAGGCUGUAGCAGGUCCGCUGUCAGACGAGUGGUCAGAAGUGCGGGGGGAGUCGCUUGAGAACCGUCUUGAGUAUGUGAGGCAGUGUGGGAGGACUCUGGAGACAAAUUCAUCUCACGUGGGAUUCUCUUUACAGCUACUCUCAGAACAAGUGCAGAUCAACAUGCAGCAGCAAGUCGACUCUCGCGUGCGCGAAGAACCAUUUGUGCGCCAACCGCUCCAGAGAACGGAGACGAUGCCAUACCAGCCCAGCGGUCACCUGCGAACAGAGAGCCGAGGGAUCGGCGCUCCUCAGCGCCCUGGUUACGUACAAUCCGUGUCGGUUGAUGGUGCGGACCUUAUUGCGCCAAACAACAAAUUCCGCAAGAUUGGCGAAAAUUCCAAAGUGUACAAGAUACUUGGAGAGGACCCAUCACCUCAGGCUCCACCUGUUGAUGAGACGCCUGAAUUCCUCAAACUCAACUAUGAGGAUGACAUCCAGUGGGAGACCAAGACCCAACCACCAACGGUCAAAGGCGGCACGCUUUUGGCGCUGGUUGAGCAGCUAACACGUCACGACAAGCUGGAUUCAAGCUUCAACAACACCUUUUUACUUACUUACCGGUCAUUCACGACAGCACGUGAGCUCUUUGAGCUCCUGGUCAAGCGAUUCGGGAUCCAACCUCCGGAGGGACUCAGCCAGCAGGACUAUGAUAUUUGGAGGGACAGGAAACAAAAGCUGAUUCGCUUCCGCGUAGUCAACAUAUUGAAGAACUGGUUUGAUAACUUCUGGAUGGAAGAUUCGAGCUUGGAAGAGACGAAGCAGUUGAUCCGAGACGUCUACACGUUUGCCAGAGAUACUGUGAAGUCAACGGAAACGCCCGGAUCAGCACCACUGAUGGCACUGCUGGAUCAACGCUUAACCGGAAAGGAGGUGUCGGCGAGGCGCAUGGUGCAGAACUCCAACCAAGCGGCACCACCGCCAAUCAUGCCCAAGAACAUGAAGAAGCUCAAGUUCCUCGACAUCGAUGUCAUAGAGUUUGCCCGCCAGCUUACGAUAAUCGAAUCAAGGCUAUAUGCCAAGAUCAAGCCUACCGAGUGCUUGAACAAGACAUGGCAAAAGAAGCAGGGCGAAGGAGAGCCGGAGCCGGCGCCGAACGUCAAGGCUCUCAUCUUGCACUCGAAUCAGAUGACAAACUGGGUAGCCGAGAUGAUUUUGGCUCAGUCGGAUGUCAAAAAGCGAGUUGUUGUCAUUCGCCACUUUGUGGCUGUAGCAGACCGUUGUCGCAUGCUCAACAACUUCUCAACUCUGACUUCAAUCAUAUCAGCUCUCGGCACCGCACCAAUUGCUCGACUAAAAAGGACAUGGGACAUCGUCCCAGCAAAGGCCCAAGCCACACUAGAGAGCAUGCGAAAGCUGAUGGCAAGCACCAAGAAUUUUGGAGAGUACAGAGAGGCGUUGCAUGCCUCAAAUCCUCCAUGUAUCCCCUUCUUUGGCGUAUAUCUUACGGAUCUCACCUUCAUUGAGGAUGGUAUACCAUCGAUCAUCAAGAAAACAAACCUCAUCAACUUUGCCAAGCGGGCCAAGACAGCAGAGGUCAUCCGAGAUAUUCAACAAUACCAGGCUGUGGUAUAUUCGUUGCAACCAGUCAACGAACUCCAAGAUUACAUCUUGAGUAACAUGUCAGCUGCUGGCGAUGUGCAUGAGAUGUAUGACAAGAGUCUGCAAGUUGAGCCACGUGAGCGCGAGGAUGAGAAGAUAGUAAGGGUUCUCGCCGAGUCUGGAUUCCUGUGAGCGGCCAGACGCAACUUACCGUGCGCUGAAACGCAGCGGUAUUUUACGCCGACCAAAAUACCAGACUUGUGGUGGUCUGGUAAAACAUGCGGGGCCUGCGCCUCUACUCUGGGCCUCGUGAUGGUCUUAAGGAGAGGGGCGCUCGGAAUAGGCAAACUACUAAACAAUACUCAGGGUCGGGUGUGACCCGGGUGGCCUCAAUCACGCAAAAGGACCAUUCAAGACAUGUGAAAUGAUAUUACGUUGAGAUACCUUUGGAUAUAUAUAUAACACGACGACACUUCAGCGUGGGGUCACGUAUUUCUUCGGCGUUUUGGAGGCUAGAGAGGAUACAGUACGAAGCGAUUCUGUCUGUAGCAGAUGAUACUGGCAUAUGAUGGGCUGGCUCCUAUAGAUGGAAGGUGUUUGCUUCAACCAAGUUGAGCCGGAACGGAAAAGGGGCCGGUUAAAAAGGAGAGCACAAAUGCUCAAAAUGAAGGAAAGACAAUCGCUUCCGGGUGUUUACUUUGCAGAGUAGUCUGCUAGACUUGAAUGGGAGAACAAGUUUGAAGGGAAAUGAUUUUACAGUAGCGGGCCGAUUGCGAGGAUUUGUG